AUGCGCAAUCUAUUACAAUUCAUACGCGGCAGCCGCGACAGCCACCGCGCCGAACCACCCUCCCUCAUCAUUAUCGGCUUAGGCAAUCCCGGUCCCGAAUAUGCCGGCACCCGCCACAACGCCGGCUUCUGGUGCAUCGACGCGCUGGCUAAGAAGCAUGACAUCACCCUUGAACGGCGGCACAGGUCUGCCGUCAUCGGCGAAGGCGACAUCGAAUCUAGCCGCGUCGUUCUGGUCAAGCCGCGCACAUUCGUGAACCGCAGCGGCGCGGCAGUCAGCUACCUGAGGGCGCGCUACGCAGUCCCCUCCGAAAGUCUGCUCGUCGUUUGCGAUGACAUCAACCUACAGCCGGGCAAACUGCGGCUGCGGAGCAGGGGCAGCGCAGGCGGGCACAACGGCAUCAAGUCCGUCAUCGAAGCGGCAGGCUCGCAGGAGUUCCCUCGGCUCAGGAUAGGCGUCGGCAGACCGCCCGAAGGCACAGGACAGAUUGAGCAUGUCAUAGGGCCAAUGGAGCCUGAAGACCGCAAGGUCGUUGAUGAAGCGGUUGAGCGCGCUGCCGAUGCCGUGGCUUGCCUGCUAUCCGAGGGCAUAGACGAGACCAUGAGCCGAUUCAACUAG